UGCGCGCCAGGAUAGAAUAUCACCCAUGGGGGCUUUGUAGGUGAAGACUCCUGGAGAGAGAGAAGAAAGAGAUGGGGGAGAAAAAAGAAGCAAAUUAAAGCCACACACCUCCAACCAAGCAAGCAAUAGAAAGAGAAAGCCAAGAAAGAAGACAUCACCCCAACGCAAACCUAGAUAGACCAGCAGCACGUACCAGCACAAGGACAACAAGAAGGUCGCCUCCUCGUUGCGCGGGAGGCGAACGAUCGAACCCUAUACCUUGUGCUUGAAUCUCCAAUCCAAUCCGCUAGAGACUUAAUUCGGGAGAUCUAGAGAGAGAGAGAGAGAGAGAGAGAGAGGGUGGGAGGUGAGAAGAGAAUAGAAGAAUAAUGUUCUCUUCCAAGAAGGCCACUAGCAGCAGCAGCGCUGGAGCGGUGGCGGUGCAGGGCUCCAACGUGAACGAGAGAGGGGGCAUCUGCGUGCAGGGCGAUUCAGGCCUCGUCCUCACCACCGACCCCAAGCCCCGCCUCCGGUGGACCGUCGAGCUCCACGAGCGCUUCGUCGACGCCGUCGCCCAGCUCGGAGGCCCCGACAAGGCGACACCCAAGACUAUUAUGAGGGUCAUGGGAGUCAAGGGGCUCACUCUUUACCACCUCAAGAGCCACCUUCAGAAAUUCAGGUUGGGGAAGCAGCCACACAAGGACUUCAACGAUCAUGCUGUUAAGGAUGCUGCAGCAGCAAUGGAGAUGCAUAGAAACGCGGCCUCUUCUUCAGGCAUGAUGGGUAGAAACAUGAACGACCGCAACGUGCACAUGAACGAGGCCAUCAGAAUGCAAAUGGAGGUGCAAAGAAGGCUGCAUGAGCAACUAGAGGUGAUUAAUCAACCAAGAAUCAAAGUGCAGAAGCACCUCCAAAUGAGGAUUGAAGCCCAGGGAAAGUACAUGCAGUCCAUCCUGGAGAAAGCAUACCAGAGCCUCUCGUCCGGCGACGUCGCAGUGAACCCUGCCGGAGGGUACAAAUCCCUAGGCAGCCACGGUGGUGUCCUCGACGUGUGCUCCAUCAAGGACAUUAGCACAGCUUCCAUGGGCUUCCCGUCUCUGCAGGACCUGCACCUCUACGGAGGCGGGCACCUAGACCUGCAGCAGCAGCAUGCGCCAAUGGAGAGCUUCUUCUCGUGCAGCGAUGGCGGUGGCGGCCUUGGGUCGUUGGGGAAGAAGAGGUCCGGCCAGUAUGCCGGCGGAAAGAGCCCCAUGCUGUGGGGCGACGAUGACGACGAGGAUGAAAAGGGCGACCAGCUCCUCCAGAUGGCGCCGCCGAUGAUGGACGACAUGGACUCCAUCGCCGGCGUGUACGACGCAAAGUCGAUGAUGACCAUGUCCGGCGACUCGGCAGGAAGCAGGGGCUACGACGGCAGUGCGGGGUCUAAGCUUGAGAGGCCGUCGCCGCGGCGGCUGCACAUGGGAGGCCAGAGCCCGUCGGUGAUCUACGGGUAAUGAAAUGAACCAAACAAUCGAGUUAAGUUAACUAGAGCUUUUUGUUUAACAGGUGCAUGUGGCUAAAUAAGUAUAGCUUAAGUGCAUGGACUUAAAAUGGGGAACUAUAGAAGAAAUUACGCGUCAUUGGUCGAUCAGGGUGAUCUUACGGAUAUAGUGAUGCAUCACACAUGUCUAUGGUGAUGCUCAAGGUCUAACUAAGAUGAUCUGUUAUGUAAUUGUACGUGUUCUUAUUUAAAUACGAUGGGUGUAAUUAAAUGUAACCUAAUUAUUUUGGCAAUCUUGCAUUCUGAGAAUGCAAUGUAAGUUUUCACUGA